AUUUGGUUGUGAAUUUCAAAUGCUUGGAAGAAAACUCCGCGAAGAAAAACCUGGAAAGUGGAAAAUUUACACCCCGUCAGGAGUAUAUACAAAUGAGCUGCUGCGGUACUCCAUCUGAGCAGUUGCAGGAUGAACAAUUAAAAUCCCGUUGGGGAAGUUCUCGUGAAGAAAAUUUCCGCCACCUUGGAGAACAGAGCAAGCCGUUGGAAGAUUACUACUGUAAGCAGGAGAAGCUUAUUAAUUUUGAAGUGGCCGGUGGACCUGGAGAAACCUGGCAGGGGCUUCUGGCUGCAUUACAUCUUCAGCACAUUAAUGCUAAUAGUUCUACACAGAAGUUGACUGCCUAAUGGGCCAUCACUCUUCCACCCAUCGUUCACAUUCCUUCGCGGCGUUCUAGUACUUGUGAAUAUGAGAGCCAGAGUUAAUCGGAAAUUUUUUAAUAAUUUCCGCAAGUUUUGUUUCGUAUCUUUAUUCGUUUUUUUUUAAAUUUUGGAAAACACCGAGACUAUACCCUUGGUAUGUUGCCUAAAGUAAAGAAAGGCACAGAAUACGGCCCUGUAUGACCACUAUAUUUUACAAGUGAGCAUGUUAUCUUCUUU